CUCGUAAUACAUCAUUUUCAGAAUCAAAGGUUCCAAACGACCCCGAAUUAUUGUCUAAAUUAAUGUUUGGUGAUUAUAUGGGAUUUGCUUGAUGCUAGUGGAUCCCAUAUGUGGGAUUUUUUUGUGCCAUGUGGAUUCAGUGAUUAUAAAAUCUUAUAUUAUGAAGAGGGGUUUUGACUUCUCCAAAAUUCAUGAGAUCAAAUUACCCAAAUAACCUUACAUAUUCCCUUUUUCAUGUAUAAUUGUUAUAUGUUUGUAAUAUUUUACAAACGCUCAUUGAACCGGGGUUAUUUUUUAACAAAAUAACUUGAUUCUGCUUCGCAUGCCCCUUACCCAAUAUCAUAUAUUACUCUUGCUCUAUUGCAUUGAAUUAAUGAUUUCUACUAAUUAUUUUUCUUUUGCCUUACCAAGUGAGAGAGCAAAUAUGCAAAGAUUUAUGGUGGUUUUUCAAAGUUUGAGAAGAAUUCAUGACACUUUCCCAUGCUUGGAAAUUACAGUUGGUCACAACAGUUAUCUCCAAUAUUACACAAUACCGGAUGAGAAUUAUUCAAUUACCUAUUGUUUUCCGGCGAGAAAACUUGCGUUGAAACGAAUUGAAUGCACUUUGAUUUCUUUGGACAACGAUCACUAAGACACGGUUCACACCUCUUCAAACAUAGUUCAAACGAGGGUGUUCGAUGUUUACACGACUCACGAGGCAGAAUCUAAAUUAAGUUACUCCUACUCCUAUGAAGGUUCAGUGAGAGCUCCAGAUCUACGACUACGGCUAAAAUUGCAGAGGAAAGGAUAAAGGGAUAAAAUUUGACAUUGUGUUGUCUGGUGUAAAUUUUGCGAACCUUUCCCUGUCAACUCCUCCUAUUUAUAGCAUUGAAGUGGUAACCGUCGUAGAAAAACUGCCUGAGAGUAACUUUCAAAAAGAACUGCUCCCCUUCUUCCUCGGACGUGGCUGACGUGUCCUUACACGUGGUAUAAUCGACAGUUGCUCUGUUAACCGCCUGCUCUUCAUCUUGGAACUGUCGUCUUGUUACUUGCCUCUCCCACGUGGCUUGCCUUCUUACUUCCAACUUGUUAGCUCAAAUCUUGGACAUAGUCUCACGAUGUGGUAUAGAUCUCGCGACCACGUCAGGCUCUAAAUUUAACGCCAACGUGGUCUAGAUCUCACGACUAUGUCGGGCUCUAAAUUUGACGCCAACGCGGUCUAGAUCUCACGACCACGUCGGACUCUAAAUUUGACGCCAACGCGGUCUAGAUCUCACGACCACGUCUUGUAAGUAAUCAAUAUGGUACACUAGUAUUUUUUUAGGUGUAAACACCUAUCAAAGUGAUUAAGCAAGUUGAAAGAAUAUGUUCUGAUUUCUUGUGGAGCUCAGAGAAGUAAGGGAAGAAGGCUAAGAUUAAGUUGUAGUAUGUAGCUAGACCAAAAAAAGAGGGAGGGCUGGGGUUCAAGGAUUUGAGGAGCUGGAAUUCAGCUUGUCUCAUCAGGCAUUUGUGGGCAUUAGCUUCAAAUUCAUCCUCUAUGUGGGCAACAUGGGUUAGACACUAUCAGCUCUCCUAUACAUCUAUCUAGGAUAUACAUAUCUACUUCUCCCAUAAUUUCUCAUUCUGAAACUCAUCUAUGGGCUGGACAUAUAAAUUAAGCCCGCAAUGUGUUAAUGUAUAUAUGGGAAAUUAUGGGAGAAGUAAGAUCCAAUUUAUAUUGUUUUUAUCUUUGCUGUUUUAUAAGGGGAAAAAGUGGGGUCAGUCUUAUUUUAAUAAAGGCCAACGGUGAGGCCCGAUCUCCAGUUUCGGAAAUGGGUACAGAUGCCAAAUCGCUCAUUGUCAUUAAAAAAAAAAAACAAAAAAACAAAGGCCUAUGAGUAAGAAUUUAUUAAUUUGUCUUGCUACCGGUUGGACAAUUCUCUUUUUUUUUUUUCUUUCUUUCUCCCUUGUAGCUAAUAUCUAUUGCCAAAUACCAAUUCUCCAAUUAGCCUUGCUAGCAAUAAGAAACAAUAUAUAAAUCAAUUGUAAAUCGAUAUAAUUUGGUCUCUUUUCUAAUAAUCUUUUUCUAUUCUCCCAUUUUACUAUUUGAUUCUUCUAAAUUAAUUCUCUUCUUUGAUUUAAUUGAGUUUAUGUAAGCUGUUCAAGUGAGCCUAGCUAAUUGACUAAUCAUAUAUUUAGUUACGGUUUGAUUCGAUCUCUUAAUUAGUUUCAAUUUUAAUUUCAACUUCUUAAUCAAACAUUUAUCAAUUCACAAAUAAUUGAAUUUUUUUUAUAAUUUUUUUUUCCAAAUUGAAGUUUUUGAAAUUCUAUUUGCCUUCUACAAUGAUACUAGAAAUGCUUAAUGGAUUAGUUAUUAUAGCAAUUGAAAACGAUCACCUUGAAAAUACGAAAAAUUGAAGAGCUCAUAGAUAAUAUUAUUUCAGAAAACGAUUAAAGAAUGUUAUUUUCCAAAUGAAAAUGUAAUGAUUUUAUUUAUUGAUUAAUGCAAUAAUUUUAUUUUAAUAUAUUUGUCGAAAAUAAUUUGGGCCAAAAAUAGUUGGUGGAACAGGGCCUCACGAGUUACAGGGCCGAUCCUGGGCUUAUUAUCCUCAACAGGAUCACUACCCUUGAUAAGGUUUAGGUGUGGAAUCCUUCAAUGAUUGACAAAUGUCCCCUUUGCCUCUCUACUACAAAAUCAUGAGAUUAUUUGUUUUUUGACUGUUUAUUCAAAGAAGGUUAUACAGGCUAUGUUUCAAUCACAAGUUCAAACUGGAGGGAGUUGGGACGACUCCUUGAGGCUAGCUAUUACUCAGUUCAAAGUUAAUUCCCCAGCUUCUGAUCGUGGCAGACUUCUUUGGAAUAUAGUGGUGAGUGAGUUGUGGAGGGAGCAGUGUAGGCAUUUAUAUGCAAAUGAAUCUCUGAUUGAAGCUCAACUACUGAAGAAGGUGCAUCAACUACUGUCUUUGCUACGAAAUGGCUUUCCUCGUAUAAGAAUCGCCAUUUCAGAAGGCGAAAUUCAUAGUAUAGUUUAAAGACGUUUUCUUUUUGUAAUAUGGUUUUCAGUUUGUCAUUGUGUAUAGAUUCCGAAGUUAGUCUGUACUUGUGGAUUGAUAUUGGUGAGGAUCAGUUACCCGUUAGAAUGGUAUUAUAAUCAUUCUUUCUUGAAGAAUAAACAACUUAUUCAUAAAUAAAAAAAUCAUUAAAGAUAAGAAGGUAAGUUCAUCAUUUAACCAAUAAAACCAAGGGAUACAAAUCCAUUUGGAAAUCCAACAAACAAAAAAUCCAUUCAUAAAAUCCAACACAAAAUCCAAUACAAAUCUAAAAUAAUAAAAUACAAUAUAAUCUUCAAUCCAUGAGUUUUCCUAAAUCUCUCAUUUUAUUAGAUUCUACAGCAAUAUCCCAGUCAAAUAGAAUCUUCCCUGCAUAUACAAUUUUCCAAAAACAGAUUUGCAAAACAGAGUUCUUCAAUACCACCUUCAAUAUGGCACAAAGUUCGGAAUCUCGCAUUCACUUUGUUGGCCAUACGUUCACAGUCACUCUCAAUUCACCCCAAAAUUAUUAGGAAAUAGAAUAUAAUAAGAUUGUUCAUCAUAAGAAAUAACCUGAGAUUGACUACAAGUACAAUUACAUGUAAAUUUUAAAGAGAAAAUAUGAAAUUGAAAAAAGAAAAAGACAAUUUGGAAAUUUGGCUAAUAGAGUAGGCAUUACUUAAACUUUUUUCUUUUAUGAAGUGAUACGUAUUAAUUACACAAACUUAUUAAAACUAGCAAUAAAUCAAAUUUGUUGGAUGAAUAUGAACGAUCCAAAAACACAUAUGUACUUGUAGAAAACUAGCUUUGGUCCUGCCCUUUGGGCAGGUGGACACAUAAAUAUUGUUUUUAUAUCAUAUAUUAAGUUUUAAUUUUUUUUUUCCCUUUAUUUGUAGUUUCUAGCUCCUAUGCAGACGUCCCGGUAGUUUGGCCUAUACCACACCAUGUGUGUAGUGAGAGAUACUUUUUGUCUGAAUAGUCUUGAAAAUAAAUUUAGUCUUAGCUCCUUUCAUUCUUUAAAGAUUGAUUGACGAAAUGAAGUUAGUAUUUAUCAACAUCGAAAAAUCGAAGUAAAAUUUUUAUGAGUAUUUCCAAAUUGAUGUUAUUCAUAGCACUUGCAAAUUAUUUAGAACAAACAAAUAGUGUGUUCUUUGACAUCAUAGUUUAAUAUAUGUUUUUUAUAUUGUUACGAUUCUCAGAUUUGUGUUUGGUAUAAAGUAACUCUAGUGGUUUAGAUCUAGAUCAAGUAGAGGCUGCCUCUUUUUUGUAGAACCAGGAGGUUUAGUGUUUCCGAGCUUAUUUCAUAUUUUGUCAUUUUCCUUUAGAGUGUUAUGUUGAAUGAAUGUUUAUUAUCAAAUUAUUGUUUUAAAUUAUAAAAUGUGGAUGAAUCACUAAGAAUUGAUAAUUACUAUGCAGCUAGAUUUGAGUCCGACAUAUGCCUAAGAAUAUUACAAGGAUCCAUAUCUUGGUAAUGUCUACGUAACAUAUUAAAACUACCAAGAAAUUGAGUUUGGUGGAUGAAUAAUAUAUAUGAACUAUAUACACUACCAUAUCUACUUAUGUUGACUAGCUUUGUGCAUGUCCAUUGGCUCGAUGGACAUAAUGUUGUGUUUUAUUCCACUAAUUAAGUUUUAUUUGUACUUUAUUUGUACUUUUUGUAUUAGUGAAAAAAUAUUAUUAAUAAAGAAAACAAUGUUUAUAGUUUAACAAGAAACUUUUGUUUUUUGUAUUUUCCAGCUCUUAUCCAACUGUCUCGUAGUUUGCUGUAUCAUGUCAUUCAUUUUUAAUGUGAGAGAUAGUUUUUGUUUGAAUAACCUUGUAAAGUAAUAAAGACUUAUAGAAACAUAAUAGUAGAGAUUUUUAAAGGAUACAAUGAAAGGGAAAAAAUAAAAUGUUCUUCUUAGAUAAUGAUUUGGAAAAGAACACCCCAUGAAGUUAUAGAGGAUCCACAUGACACAUGAUCUUAUUGAUCGCUAUGUUUUGUUCCAAAGUUACAGUUUUGCGAACCCCCCCCCCCCCCCCCCCCCCCCCCCCCCCGCGGCUGCUCUAGAUGAACACCUCAUUCUCUUCCAUGGUAAGGAGUAUGUUGACUUAAUUAGUAAAAAUACCUCAAAGAUCGACGGCAAGAAAAAACAAGGACCACUUUUGGGAAUUCAACCUCUCAGAGGGAGGGGAUUGCCCGAUGUUCGCCAACAUCUACACUUUCUGUCGGACCUAUGUGAGACAGAAUAUACCCAGAUUGUUCUUUAUAUCAUAUUUGACAGAUAGUUUCACCUCUCCAUUCAGUGUAGCUUGUAUGGGGUGUCGAAUAUACCACACUAUAUGGUGCUUAUUACAUUGCAGAAUAACCGGAGCUAACACAAAUCAGUAACCUAUCUUUAUAGCAUGCAAUAUUCGAUUCCGAGAGAGGGAGAAGCUAAAAUUCUUUUAAGAUAAUGUGACCUUCACUUCAACAUUCUCCUCUAUGCUAGAUUUAGAAUGCAGUAUAAGAUCAUAAGACUCACAUUCUUGUGCCAUCUCCACCGCAUACCCUUCUUUUAUAAGGCAGUCCAGAAUAUGCAACUCUCAUUUCCAACCGACGAUCAUAGCUGUUCAUGACAAGAGCUUCGUAUCCUUGUUAGCCUCGCUUACACGACGCAGAUUGAUGUAUGUCUCAUCUUUCUAACAAUCCACAAACCAAUCUCUCUCAAAAGUUUCUGCCCUUGAUGAAAAGAAGCUCCUGUUUUUCAAUAACAGUCUCCAAGCGAGCCGGAACAUUUAUACACGUUGGAACCGUGGGAGGCGGGGAGUCUUCACUCCGUGAGUGCUUCACUCCAUGAUUGACAUCGACGCCCAUCAUGGGAAUGGUGUGGAUGAAGCUUUUUAUACUAACAAUAGGGUGAUGACAGUGUCAUUCCACAAGUAUGAAAAUAUCUAUGUUGCUAAUAAAGUUAUACCAUGUUUUCCUCCUACUGGACACCAAGAUCAUAGUGGAUGCGGUGAUGGAAGAGGUUAUUCUGUCAAUGUUCCUCUAAAUGACGGUAUUGAUAAUGACACAUAUUGGAGUAUGUUUAAACCCAUUAUUGAUAAGGUAAUGAAAGUCUUUAACCCCCAUGCUGCGGAUUCCUUAGCCGGUGAUAUGCUAGGUCCCUUCAACUUGACAAUCAAGGGGCAUGGGCGAUGUGUAAAUUACAUCUGAUCAUUCGACAAGCCAUUGUUGCUCCUUGGUGGUGGGGGAUACACCAUUCAGAAUAUAGCACGAUGUUGGUGUUACGAGGUUUCUUUUCUAUCUUUAAUUCUAUAUAUUAUCGAUUUUUCAUUGAACUGCUAUUUCAGGAUUCUAAAUUAGAUCAUGAUUGAAAUUGCCGAAGAGAUUGAGGGCAAGAUCUCAUAAUGUGUUUACCUAGAUUACUAUGUGCCAGAGUACAAUCUUCACAUUGAUCCAAGUAACAAGGUGAAGAGAAACACUUCUUCGCAAUGUCAAAAAAUCUUAACUGAUGUGUAUAGGCACUUGUCCAACAUACCGGCAGUUCCCAGCGUGCAAUUUCAAGAGAUAUCUCCCGUGAUAGGAUUUCCCGAGGUGUGUUCUUUGGUUCCAACGUCUGCAAUAGUUUUGUGGUUAGUUUUCUGUUGAACUUUUUAAUUGAUUCACUUUUUAUCUUCUCCUUUUUUUUUUAAGUUAUCUUCUUCUUUUCAGGUUGGGGGAAAUGCAUGAUUUCCACACGAGAUUAAUUGAUGGUAAGAUUCCCAUAUUUGAUGGAUGGUGACUUAUGAUUGUACUUUUGAUGGCAACAAUCUUCCUUGCUUUUAAUGACCAUGAACUAGUGAAUUCAUGUGAUUGACCUGUGAAAAGUGUGUUAGCUUAUAUUUGCUCUCAGCAUGUCUUAAAUUAGUAAGUUGAGGUGGCAGCAAAAUUGAGGUCUUAUGAGUUGGUUGGGUUGAUUGAUUUUGGCUUUCAUCCUGACUUUGUCGAAGCCAAAUUUGUUGGAGUGGUACAUGGAGAAAGUUGCCAGGGUGAAACGCCCAACCAUCAACACCGAAUGAGAAAGCAACAGUUCCCAUCUCGCGCGGGGGGGGGGGGGGGGGGGGGGGGGGUUGAAGAAGACUUUUAGAAAUAUAAUUGUAGAGAUUUUUAAGAGAUGCAAUGAAAGAGAAAAUUCUAAGAUGAGUAUUGAAAAUAAGUCCUUAAAUGAGCUGGAAUAUGAAUCCAAAUAUCAAAGCGAAUAUAGUGUCAAAUAGAAAACAUCAUUAUCACCACGUAUUAUUACCACACCACUCAUUACCACCUUCCCUUCAUCAAAACCCACUCAUAGUUAAGACUUAGGCAUCUUUCUCUUUUGAUCUUACCCAAUGAAAACUUUUUUUUACAAAUCAUACUGGAUAUGACCCUCUUGCUUGGGCUUCGCAACAAAUGGAGGAUGGAUAACACGUAUGAUAUUUAAAGCAAAAUGUAACUCUUAAAAUAUAAAUGCAAAAGCAACAAAAAUGUUACAAAAAUGUGAGAGGGCUUUGUAUCGAUUUGUACACGUUGGCCAAUGAUGCUGUGAAAUUUAGUAAAAUUUUAAUUCUUAAUACAUUAUUACAAAAACAGCAAGAAAAAUCACAAAAAUGUUGUGAAACAAUUCUAAGCAAUUUGCACUCGCUCGCCAACAAAACUAUGGAUCUAUACAAUAUUGACUAAGAAUAAACUAUUUGAUUUAGCAAAAAGGUAAUUGAUUAUGCAUCUAUUAUGCCCCACCAAACAAAAAUGUUAACUUAGAAGUUAACCUGUAUUUUCAACUAAGAUGGAAAAAAAGAAAGAAAUAAGAGAAUUUGAAAAAAUCAACAAAAUCAAAGAAAAGAUGGAAGAACCAAGUAUAUAUGGUUUUGUACUUUUGUUGGGUAUGAUGCUAUUUUCUUCCUUUUCAUUGAGAGUGAUAGAUUUCAUUGUUAACUUUCUAUUCGAUUAAGGUGAGAGAGAUGAGUAAAAAUGUAAAACCACAUACGAAAUUUGGUUUCGAGCAUAAGAGAUGAGUAAGAAUAAAAAACCAAAUACGAAAAAGAAAUUAGUUUCAACUCAACAAACAAAAAUUGAUUUGUAAAAGUCAUGAUUAUGAUGAAAAAAACGAGGAGAGAGGCGAAAUACGGAGAUAAUGGGAUAAAAAAAAGAGAUCAUUAGAAAGUUGUCAUGUGUACUCAACUACUCAUUAAAAGUUUAGCUUUAAAGUUUAAGGGGUCCCUUCACUUGCUUGUUGGAUUGGAUUUGGGUGCCGAAAACCAUGUUUGUUGAAAAUUUUUGAGGGUUCAGAGAUUUGCAAAAACCUAGCGAAGAUGUGAGAUUUAAGAAAGGGGUAUAAAUCCAUGAUGGUAAAUGACUUAUAUACCUUUAUUUUAUUUUCAGAUUACAAUUGUAUCCUCAAUAUCCCAUGUUAUUGAUUGUGUGCCUAGGAAGAUUCAAAAUUUAUAGGAAUUAUGGACAAAGAUUAUUUUCAAAUACUUCAAAUUCAUUAUUUUCAUCAAAUAUUAACUAUUCACUAUACCUUUUUUUCUUUCUAUGUUGGGAUAAGAUUAAAGUGAGCCUAUCUUGAUUAGGAAUCAUGUUGAAUUGGUCGAAAUUGGUUUAUAUGAAAAAACACAUAACAAAGAAAUAAGGACAACAAGGUAAAUUGUGUUUUAUACUACAAAUAUAAUUUAUCAAAAUCCAUCAUGAAAUCCAACAAGCAACCAAUAGUUUUUUUUUUCCAUAUCCAUAAUGAACCAAAUCCAUCAUAAAUUCAAGGUUUCCAAAAUCCAGCCCUCAUUUUCAAAUGGUAAGAAAGAAUCAAUUAAUUCUAGCGUUGCAUACGAAAAGCAUAUUGACCUUUCCUCGCAAAUGGCAAGUAUUCUGGGUAUGAGCAGGGGGCGGACCUAUGUGUUGCUAAGGGGUGUGGUCCGACACCCCUUUGUCCGAAAUUUUGUGAAGAACCUAUAUGUUUACAAAAAAUUUUAAUACGAGAUUUCCAACACCACUUUAAUAAUUAUAGUCGAUACUCGUUCAUUAGCCGACACCCCUCUUCAACAAUCCCGGAUUCGCCACGAGGUUUACUCCAAUGGCCUUAUUCACUUACACUUCUAAAAAGCCAUUUAUGAACAGAGGAUAAUGUACCGUUAAAAGGCAAUAUUACAAUUAGCCAAUAUUUCAGCCAUUAAGAGCAUCUCCAUCAAUACAAUAGCAAAAGAAAUUGCAUUUUUGUUUUUUAUUGUCAACUCAAAUUUUUUGCAAUCCACAUCACAUUCAUUUCAUUCACCUAGAUCAAUGCAAUUAACUUGCAAUUGCAAAUGUAAUAAAAUAUUAUGUUUACAUUAUAAAAAAUUAAGUAAAAGAUAAAAGAAAAUAAUAUAAAGUAAAAAAUCCUCAUUUUUUAAGGCUUUUUUGACUUGCAUAUGAAAUUGCAUUUGUUGCAAGCUUGCAAAGCAAAUAUGCAGUUGGUAGCCACAUCAAUGCAAUUGGUUUUGCAAUUGCAAACACCUAUGACAUGUCAAUUUGCAAUUGAGAAUAACAAUACCAAUGUGGAUGCUCAUACAGAGAAGCAUGCUGGACACACGCACGCAAAUAUUCACAAAAUCUAAAGCAUCCAGCACCAAUAGGGUAAUGAAAAUCUAAUGCUGAU